UCUGCCAAAUCUCUCAAUCGUAUGCGGGGCUGGAUCCAUGAAUGCGACCGAGGCCAUUCUCACUGCAAGAAGCCAGACUCAACAUUCAUGCCAACAAGACUUCUGGAUGUUGGCAUUCCGUCGUGCAAGCAAGUCCGGCUUGUACUCUCCACAGAUCCAGGGUCAGCACGAGACAAUUAUGUCGCACUCAGCCACUGUUGGGGACCAUCAAAGCCACUGAUCACCACUUCAGCAAAUAUAUCCCAGUUUCAAGCCGAGAUCCCUUCGACUACCCUUCCACAGACUUUUGACGAUGCUAUUAAGAUCACACGACUACUUGGUAUACGUUACUUAUGGAUAGAUUCUCUUUGUAUCAUUCAGGAUGUCCCCGACGACUGGCUACGCGAAUCGGCGACCAUGUUUUCGGUGUACAGCAACGCUGAUAUCACCAUCUCUGCAUCGAGGGCGUCAUCCUCUGUCGACGGCUUUCUGUCCCUAGACACGGAAUUUGCGUCUCUAAAGAUGAGACUAACCCAUCCAGCCAGAAAAAGGAGCUCUUCCUUAGCAUGGGUCAUCCAAGAGCGUUACCUCUCUCGACGCAUAUUGCUUUUUGGAUCAGCUCAAACAUUCUGGGAGUGU